AACUUCGGUGCGAAAAUUAAUAGUCGUUCAGCCAUUUAUAAAUUCGCAAAAAUCAAGUAUAUUGUAUUUUAUCUCCAGGCGGUUCAGUUCUUUAAAGCUUGACAAUCCUUGGUUUCACUACUUCGACAGUUCCUGUGAGGAUUAUUCUACAAAAUGUUUAUCUACGAGGAGGCUUUAACUAAAGUUGUGAAGCACAUGCUGGCUCGGAAAAACAUCGUGGUGGAGGAUAAGUCCCUGGCACUAUUGUUGGCCCGCAAAAUGGGCGACAAAAUUACUGACAUGGCCAGAAUGACCAGCGAUGGGGCAAGUCACGCCGCCCGCUCCAAGCCGGGAUACUUAGAUGUGGAGCAGACCUUUAUCCGCAUGCACAUCACGUCCGAAGAUCUCCAAGACGAGGUCAAGGCUAACAAGGGCCAGCCGCAGCCCAACAUAGUCCUUCCCGAUCCGGAGAUGUUCGCGCGGGAAUAUUACACGGUAUCGGAACCAUUGCUGGGUGGCGAUUCGCCGGAUGAAAGUACCACGCCACCGCAUCCUCCCAUUUUCCUUGAGCCGUUUCCCGGUCUACACACCUACAAGGAGACACCGAUGGAACCGGUCAUCGAAAAGGACUACUUGGAGGCGCGUGAGAGGAAGGCACUGCAACGACUGAACGAGCAGGAGGCUAUCAACAAAAUAUUCAAGAACCAGAAGCCAACUGUGUCGUUGAUCAACGAGUCACACCGUCGCUAUGAUGUAUUCGACGUGGAACCGCUCAGCAAACCUGCAUAUUUGGACGCCCUAAUGCCACGCGAGAAGAUAUUCGAAAUAGACGUGUACGAAAACCCAGAUUCGAUCCCCCGUGAUGGACCCGUGAACUCAUUUUUCAGGGAAUUGAAAUCUCCUAGUGCCCCAAAGACGCCCUAUCAUGUCGACUUGGGAAUAAUCCCAAAGAAAGUUAUCGGUCGAAAGAAAAUCCAUGUGAAAGCGAUCGACGCUGCUAGUGCCGCUAAGAAGCGACACCGUUCUGAGAAGAGACAAACGGAGCACAAGAGAUCCAAGAAAGAACCGGAAAGAUCUGGCAAUAGUCCUGUGAAUGUUUCACGAAAAAUCGUCACUGCUGAUCCACCAAAAAAAGUCGAAGUGCCGAAAGCCGUGAUAGACAAGGUUAUCGAUGAGAAGACGCGCGAAAAAAAGGUUGAGAAGGCUUCCACUUCGGGCACCGGAAGCGAUAUUGCCCGUAAGAAAUCAGGCCAGAAGCGAACCCCUUCUGAGACGAUCAAGGAGCACCAGGGAUCUAACAAAGAUUCCAAAAGUGACGUCCAUCGUGAGAAGGCUCUACAGAGAACCGACACCGCUGAUCCACCAAAAAAGCCAAAGUCCAGUUCAGGCCACUCGAAAAAAAUUCAGAACGUUUGUCCUACUGGAAAAACCACUGCUGUGUCGCAGGCAGAGAUAAACAAGGAAGACGCUGAAAAAUUCUUGGUACGAAUUUUCAAUGAGCUGACACUCCAAGAAAAGGCUAAGAAGAAGGCUUCCACUUCACGCUCCGAAAACGAUAAUUCGCGUAAGAAAUCAACCCAUAAACGAAGCCAUUCCGAAGAAAAACACAAGAAGCACAAGAGAUCCAAGAGCACAAAAGAUUCGAAUACAGACUCCAAUACUAAGAAGAUUCCACAAAUAAUUAAAACUUCUGAUCCAGCAAAAAAUCUAGAGAGCACUAAAGUCGCAUCGCAAAUCCAGCCAACAAUCCAGACCAUAAUUCCCAGCGAAACCACUGCUGUAUCAAAAAUAGAGGAAAACAAAGAAAAUAUAUUCAAGAUUCCGAAAUCCAUAAACAAGGUUUCCGAUGAGCUGAAGCGCCAAGAAAAGGUUGAGAAGGUUUCCCGUUCCGAGAACAAGCACACGGGGCACAAGAAGCACAAGAGAUCCAAAAGCUCAAAAGAUUCGAAAACAGACUCCGAUACUAAGAAGAUUCCACAAAUAAUUAAAACUGCUGAUCCAGCACAAAUUCCAGAGAGCACUAAAGUCGCAUCGCAAAUCCAGCCAACAAUCCAGACCAUAAUUCCCAGCGAAACCACUGCUGUAUCAAAGAUAGAGGAAAACAAGGAACAUAUAUUCAAGAUUCCGAAAUCCAUAAACAAGGUUUCCGAUGAGCUGAAGCGCCAAGAAAAGGUUGAGAAGGUUUCCCGUUCCGAGAACAAGCACACGGGGCACAAGAAGCACAAGAAGCACAAGAGAUCCAAAAGCUCAAAAGAUUCGAAAACAGACUCCGAUACUAAGAAGAUUCCACAAAUAAUUAAAACUGCUGAUCCAGCAAAAAUUCCAGAGAGCACUAAAGUCGCAUUGAAAAUCCAGCCAACAAUCCAGACCAUAAUUCCCAGCGAAACCACUGCUGUAUCAAAGAUAGAGGAAAACAAGGAACAUAUAUUCAAGAUUCCGAAAUCCAUAAACAAGGUUUCCGAUGAGCUGAAGCGCCAAGAAAAGGUUGAGAAGGUUUCCCGUUCCGAGAACAAGCACACGGGGCACAAGAAGCACAAGAAGCACAAGAGAUCCAAAAGCUCAAAAGAUUCGAAAACAGACUCCGAUACUAAGAAGAUUCCACAAAUAAUUAAAACUGCUGAUCCAGCAAAAAUUCCAGAGAGCACUAAAGUCGCAUCGCAAAUCCAGCCAACAAUCCAGACCAUAAUUCCCAGCGAAACCACUGCUGUAUCAAAGAUAGAGGAAAACAAGGAACAUAUAUUCAAGAUUCCGAAAUCCAUAAACAAGGUUUCCGAUGAGCUGAAGCGCCAAGAAAAGGUUGAGAAGGUUUCCCGUUCCGAGAACAAGCACACGGGGCACAAGAAGCACAAGAAGCACAAGAGAUCCAAAAGCUCAAAAGAUUCGAAAACAGACUCCGAUACUAAGAAGAUUCCACAAAUAAUUAAAACUGCUGAUCCAGCAAAAAUUCCAGAGAGCACUAAAGUCGCAUCGCAAAUCCAGCCAACAAUCCAGACCAUAAUUCCCAGCGAAACCACAGCUGUAUCAAAGAUAGAGGAAAACAAGGAACAUUUAUUCAAGAUUCCGAAAUCCAUAAACAAGGUUUCCGAUGAGCUGAAGCGCCAAGAAAAGGUUGAGGAGGUUUCCCGUUCCGAGAACAAGCACACGGGGCACAAGAAGCACAAGAGAUCCAAUAGCUCAAAAGAUUCGAAAACAGACUCCGAUACUAAGAAGAUUCCACAAAUAAUUAAAACUGCUGAUCCAGAAAAAAUUCCAGAGAGCACUAAAGUCGCAUCGCAAAUCCAGCCAACAAUCCAGACCAUAAUUCCCAGCGAAACCACUGCUGUAUCAAAGAUAGAGGAAAACAAGGAAAAUAUAUUCAAGAUUCCGAAAUCCAUAAACAAGGUUUCCGAUGAGCUGAAGCGCCAAGAAAAGGUUGAGAAGGUUUCCUGUUCCGAGAACAAGCACACGGGGCACAAGAAGCACAAGAGAUCCAAUAGCUCAAAAGAUUCGAAAACAGACUCCGAUACUAAGAAGAUUCCACAAAUAAUUAAAACUGCUGAUCCAGCAAAAAUUCCAGAGAGCACUAAAGUCGCAUCGCAAAUCCAGCCAACAAUCCAGACCAUAAUUCCCAGCGAAACCACUGCUGUAUCAAAGAUAGAGGAAAACAAGGAAAAUAUAUUCAAGAUUCCGAAAUCCAUAAACAAGGUUUCCGAUGAGCUGAAGCGCCAAGAAAAGGUUGAGAAGGUUUCCCGUUCCGAGAACAAGCACACGGGGCACAAGAGAUCCAAAAGCUCAAAAGAUUCGAAAACAGACUCCGAUACUAAGAAGAUUCCACAAAUAAUUAAAACUGCUGAUCCAGCAAAAAUUCCAGAGAGCACUAAAGUCGCAUCGCAAAUCCAGCCAACAAUCCAGACCAUAAUUCCCAGCGAAACCACUGCUGUAUCAAAGAUAGAGGAAAACAAAGAACAUAUAUUCAAGAUUCCGAAAUCCAUAAACAAGGUUUCCGAUGAGCUGAAGCGCCAAGAAAAGGUUGAGAAGGUUUCCCGUUCCGAGAACAAGCACACGGGGCACAAGAAGCACAAGAAGCACAAGAAGCACAAGAAGCACAAGAAAUCCAAAAGCUCAAAAGAUUCAAAAACAGACUCCGAUACUAAGAAGAUUCCAAAGAAAACCGACACUGCUGAUCCACCAAAAAAACCAAGGACCAGUUCAGAUCCAUCUGGCAUCCAGCGUGAGAAGUUACCUGGAAUACCCACUGUUGUGCCCCAGGUGGAGAAAAGCAAGGAAAAUCGAGCCAAGGUGCACCACAAGCAGAAGCGCAAAGAAGAGGUUGAGACGACUUCCACUUCGGGCUCCGGACACGGUAAUGCCAACAAGAAGCGCGCGAAAUCGCAUGAAGGUAAAGAGGCAGAAGAACCAAACAAAAAAAUUCAUAAAAGUGUUUAACACACUAAAUAAAACUGCAACUCGGGUUGGGCUCGAAAUAUUAUCAUUUGAGCGCCAAGACCUGCACUCGACGGAAAAGUGCGAGAAAA